CGGAAGCACAGAGUGGAAUGUUGAUACAUUGUUGUUGUUUUGUAGUUAAUUUAGUUCAGGGAAACAUUUCGCUUCGGUUGCAGGACGCGAGACAAGGCUCGACCUGUUGAUUCCAGGACACUUCUCAGAGAUUCUGCGCAUCCCCGACAGAGAUUCCGCGUUCACAAGACAGAUUUUUGAGGAGUUCUGACUAGCUGCUUGUAUGCAGGGCAUGACGACUCAUUUUAAAGCGGGCAAAGCUUUAAAGGUCAAGAAGGAGGUGGGUGAGAAUGCCCCGGCGCUCAGCGAUGACGAGCUGGUGGCCAUGUCGGUGCGGGAGCUCAACCAGCACCUGCGCGGGUUGACGAAGGAAGACGUGGUCCGGCUGAAGCAGCGUCGACGCACGCUAAAAAACCGCGGCUACGCUGCCAGUUGCCGCAUCAAACGCGUCACGCAGAAAGAAGAGCUUGAACGGCAAAAAACGGAGCUGCAACAAGAAGUGGACAAACUGGCUCGUGAAAACGCCAGUAUGCGACUGGAGCUGGACGCGCUUCGUGCUAAGUAUGAGGCCCUGCAGUGCUUCGCCCGGACUGUCACCCGCGGGCCUCCCGGGAAGGUGGCAACCACCAGUGUCAUCACUAUUGUCAAGUCCGCCAAUCACAGCCCCAGCUCCGCCCCGUUUUCGGCACCCUCGUAGUGCUGAAUGACAGUGCCUGCCCAGCUCCUUCUGGUCCAAUCCGGCUCUGAACCUAGACUGGCCCACGGGCCGCCGCUCAACCCACACUGAGAGAAAACUCAGUGGUCAGACUGAGGGGAGGGUGGAGGCCUUAAUCUGCGUGACUACAACAGGCUGCAUCUAUUGUUUUUUAUUUUUUUUUGUUUUGUAAAUUUCUCUCUUUUACACACUCACAAAAACACAUGCAUACGAGAACACAUCUAUAUUGUCUGUGCACUGUGCUAUAACCUCCGGCACCGGCAGGGCACAUUGACCGCUCUUUCAACUUCAUCACAGGCUGAGACUUAGCAGAGAUGAGCACUUGUUAAAGUGUGAGAUAGUACUUGACCUAACCUGCCAUUGGAGCACUGGUUUGACAGCUAUGAUGCCCGUGACAUAUUGCAUAAUUAUCAUUAAUGUGACCAUGGACCACAAAACCAGUCAUAAUUAGCACGGGUGUAUUUGUAGCAAUAGCCAACAAUACAUUGUAUGGAUCAAAAUUAUUAGGAUAUUAAGUAGAUAUUAGAUAUUUUGUCAAUUUCCUACCAUAAAUAUAUCAAAAUGUUAAUUUUUGAUUAGUAAUAUGCAUUGCUAAGAACUUAAUUUGGGCAAAUUUAAAGGUGAUUUUCUCAAUAUUUAAAUUUUUUUGCACCCUCAGAUUCCAGAUUUUCAAAUAGUUGUAUUUCGGCCAAAUAUUGUCCUAUCCUAACAAACCAUAUAUCAAUGGAAAGCUUAUUUAUUCAGUUUUUCAGAUAUAUAAAUUUAAAAAAAUGAACCCUUAUGACUGGUUUUGUGGUCCAGUGUCACCUAUUAAUAUUGUAAACAUACACUUCCGUUCAAAAGUUUGGGGUCAGUACUUUUUUUAUUUAUUUAUUUAUUUUGAAUACUUUUAUUAAUCAAGAGCACAUUAAAUUGAUCAUAACUAACAGUAAAGACAUAAAAAAAUCUUGAAAAUCUUUGUUUUCACAAAAAUAUUAAUCAGCACAACUGUUUUUUAACACUGAUAAUUGUGAGAAAUGUUUCUUGAGCAGCAAAUCAGCAUAUUAGAAUGAUUUGUGAAGGAUCAUGUGACACUAAAGACUGGAGUAAUGAUGCUAAAUAUUAAGCUUUGCAUCACAAGUAUAAUAAAGUACAUUAAAAUAGCAAACACAUAUUUUAAAUUGUAAUGAAAUUCCACAGUAUUAAUGUUUUUACUGUAUUUUUGAUCAAACAGAUGUAGCCUCAGUGAGCAAAAAGCCCUAAAAGUUUUUACCGACCCCAAACAUUUGAACAGGAACCGGUUUUGACAUAGUUUAUGUAAUGAUGUCAUUUUGCAUCAUGAAAUACGUUGGCAUAAACUCAUGAAAUGAUACCAGCGAAAAGACCAGCGAUUCAGAUCCUGGUCAAAAAUCAGGUGUGACCAACACAGUCCAAAGUUGAAAAAUGAUGUUAUCGACAUCAAGGGCAAAUCCUUAUCCUGAAGCGUUACAUUACCGAUAAACAGAGCAAAUUAUCUAAUGGGAAAUGAGCCAAACCUCUCUUAGUCAGCAGUUUAAACAUAGGAAUCCCAAUGGGAAAACAGCACUUAUUUUAACUGUUGAAUUACAGUAUAAUACUAUGAAGCACUUGCAAAGACUGACGUAUGUGAAUAUUCAAGACUGAAAUUACAGAGUAACUGAGUUUCUAGAAAAAGUUUUUUAAUCGUUAUAUUUGUUUUAUGAGAGGUUAGUUAGUAUAAAGUUAAUUAUCCUCAUGUUGAUGAUAACAUCCGAGCGGCACAACUGUGUUGUCAGUUAUCUCAAAGAUAUAUACCGUUUUUCCUGACCUGUCUCUAUACGACACCAUAAAAUGGUAGGUAAUCCAUAUUGGAUAUUGAUAACAGGAGCUGUCUUGGCAAAAAAAAAAAAUACAGUUCAGUUAUAAACUGUAUAUUACAGAACAGCCUUAAGCUUAAUAAAAAAAACUAACGUCAGAGUUAAGCUCCCGACUUCGUAUAGAAAAUUCCGUCCGCUCAGAAAGCAUUCCUAUUGCUAAGUCACAAAAGGUGCCACUGCCGGUGUUGGUAACCCUGAUUAAGAUGUAUAUAGAAUGCAAAUAUUUCGACACAGACACUUUGGGUAAGGAGAAUCCUGGUGUACUGAAACCAGUUCAAAAAUCAAAA